UCUGAGAGUACCUCAUCCAAUCCCCUUGUUCUUCAUGGGUGCCAUUUUGGUCAGACAGUCUUUGCACUCUGCAAUUACCCUGCUCUCCUGACCGGAAACACUCUUCGACUCGAGGAGUUACAGGACUCUCCAAUAGAAGAUUAUCCAGCUGACAUUCAACGAGAACAUAGAGUAUUUAUGGAGCUUGUAGAAUCCUAUCAGGGUCUAGCGAAUCAAACACGUAGGAUACAUGCACACUAUGAGUGCAUAUACCUACCAUCGACCACCGAAAUCUAA